AUGAAUAUUGGGUCAUUAUUACAUUCAUCAAUGCUAGGCAAGCAAUUUCAAUCAAAUCAAUCUCAACAAGAGGUGGUUAGUAAUAAUAUUGCCGAAUGCAACGAAAAUAAUAAUAACAAUAAUAACAAUAAUAACAAUAACAAUAAUAGCAAUAAUAACAAUAACAAUAAUAAUAACAAUAAUAAUAAUAAUAAUAAUAACAAUAAUAAUAACAAUGAUAAUAAUAAUAAUAGUAAUAAUAAUAAAAUAAAUAUUAAUGAAAGUAGCCAAUCAAUUACAGAGACUGUUAGAUCUCCAUAUUCUUCACCAAGUUCAUCAAUAUCUAGUCCAUCAAGAUCUCCAUCACCAAAUUCACCAGCAUCGUCAUCUCCAAUUCACUCACCAAUUCCAAAUACAAAUUUCAAACAAAGUGGUGAAUACCAAUCAAUUCCAUCACCUCAAAAUAUCCACGGGUUAAAUAAAAAGGUCAAAGUUGAUAUGUUAGAAUCCCCAAAUUCCUCAAAUUCAUCACCAAGCUUUUCCAGUAAUAUGUCACCGUCCUCCUCAAAUUCACCAAGACACAGAAGUAACAGUACUUCAAAUAAUAAAUCACUUUUACAAUAUCAAUUUAAUCAAUCAAAUCAAUCACCAUCUUUUUCACCUUUAAGAAAUAAUAAAAAUAAUAAUAAUAUUAAUAAUAAUAAUAAUAAUAAUAAUAAUAAUAAUAAUAAUAAUAAUAAUAAUAAUAAUCAAUCGCCAUCAAUGAAUGGAAGUCCAUCAUCAAAUUUAUCAAAAAGUAACUCUGGUAUACCACCACUUCAAUUACAAGCACCAUCAAAUACUUCAUCACCUCAAUUACUUUCACCAAAUCAUAAUCAACAAAGAAUUUCCCCAAACCGUUAUUUAAAUGGAGGUAAUAAUAACCAUAAUAAUAAUAAUAAUAAUAAUAAUAAUAAUAAUAAUAAUAAUAAUAAUAAUAAUAAUAAUAAUAAUAAUAACCAUAAUAACCAUAAUAAUAAUAAUAAUAAUAAUAAUAAUAAUAAUAAUAAUAAUAAUAAUAAUAAUAAUAAUAAUAAUAAUAAUAAUAAUAAUAAUAAUAAUAAUAAUAAUAAUAAUAAUAAUAAUAAUAAUAAUAAUAUUAAUAAUAAUAAUAUUAAUAAUAAUAACCAUAACUAUAACCAUAACCAAAACCAUAACCAUAACCAUAACUAUAAUAAUAAUAACCAAAAUAACCAAAAUAACAAUAAUGAUGAUAAUUUCUCACCAUCUCAUAGUCCAAAUCUUUCACCAUCCAAUUAUAAUAGCUCUCCAACUCAUUAUGGUAAUAAUAAUAAUGAUACACCAAAACGUUCUCAUGCCAGUUAUAAAAAUAAUAAUAACAAUAACAAUAAUAAUAAUAAUAGUAACAGUAGUUUUGAUGAAUAUCAACCACAACAAAAAGUUUCAAGAUCAAAUUCACCAAAUAAUGAUAAAGAAAAGAAAAGAAGAACAAGAUUAAAGAAGGAACAAGCUGAUAUUUUAAAAACAUUUUUUGACAAUGAUGAUUAUCCAACUAAAGACGAUAAAGAAACGUUGGCCAAUCGUUUAGGUAUGUCUUAUUGUGCCGUUACUACUUGGUUCUCAAAUAAACGUCAAGAAAAGAAAAGAAGAGGUGAUGUCGCUCCAGUUCAAACCGGAGGAAGAAGAGUUCCUAUUGAUGACGAAGAUGAUUAUGAAAAUAGAAAUGGUGAUAAUUCACCAUCAAGAAAUCAAGGUGGAGCCAUUGAACUUCUUAAAAACUCUUCUUCUGGUUUAACUCCAAUUCUUGAAAGUCUUAAUGUAAAACAACAAAAUAAUAUCAACUUUUUCAAAAAUAAUAAUAUGGAUAAUAAUAAUAAAAAUGUUCCUCACCUCUCUUUAUCAAAUAAUAAUAAUAAUAAUAAUAAUAAUAAUAAUAAUAAUAACAAUAAUAAUAAUAAUAACAAUAAUAAUAAUAGAAAUAGAAAUAAUAACAACAUCUAUAACAAUAAUAAUAAUAACAACAACAACAACAGUAAUAAUAGAGGUAAAAACUUCUCUGACUCUGGAAGUUCUGAUUCUGAUUCUGAAUUAAAUAGACAUAACAAUAAUAACAAUAACAAUAGUAAUAAUUAUAACAAUGGCAAUAGCAAUAGUAACAAUAAUAGAAAUAAUAAUAAUAAUUAUAAUUAUAAUAAUUAUAUUAAUAACAAUAAUUAUAAUAAUAAUAAUAAUAGACAACAUUGUGAUGAUGAGGAAGAAGAUGAACAAUAUUUUAAUAAUAAUAAUAACAACAACAACAACAAUAAUAAUAAUAGAAUCUCAGAUUCUUCUGAUGAUCAAUAUUUUUCUGAUGAUACCAACAAUAACAAUGAUAACUACAAUAAUGGUAAUAACAAUUAUAACAAUAACAACAAUAAUAACAACUUUAACAAUAACUAUAUGAAUAACUACAACAAUAAUUAUAACAAUAAUAAUUAUAAUAAUAAUAAUAGCUAUAACAAUAGCAAUGGUAAUAAUAACUUUAAUAACAACAACAACAACAAUAACCAAAAUAAUAAUAAUAAUAAUAAUAACAACCAAUACAAUAACAACAAUAAAAAUUAUUUGAAUAAUAUUCCAAGUUCAAAGAAACAUCAACUACAAGGUAAUUAUGAAAGAAGAAAUAGUUUACCGAAUAGUCAAAUACAAAACAAUUUUAAUGGCGAUAAUAAUAAUAAUAAUAAUAAUAAAAAUAACAACAACAAUAACCAAAACAAUAAUGGCAAUGGUAAUAACAACAACAAUAACAAUAAUGACAAUAAUAUUUAUAAACGUCGUCAUAGUAUGGAUGAUGAUUGUCAACAAAAUUAA